AUGUCCUACAACUGCUGCUCUGGAAACUUCUCCUCCCAGUCUCUUAGGUGCUACCGGUCUGCUUCACGUUCAUCCAGUGGCUCCUCCUACCCCAGCAACCUUGUGUACAGCACUAACAGCUGCAGGCCCACCGCCUGCCAGCUGGGCUCCUCUGUCUACCGCAGCUGUCAGGAGACCCGUGAUGAUUCCACCAGCUGCCAGAAGUCCUGUGUCGUGUCCAGACCCUGCCAGACCAACUGCUCCUCCCCGAGGAGCUCCACACCGUGCAGUCCCUGCCAACCGACUUAUGCUGGAUCUCUGGACUUUGGAUCUAACAGCUGCGGUUCGGGAGGCUACAGAUCUAGAAGCUGCUUCUCAGGGGACUGUGGAUCAAGUGGCUUCAGAUCACUGAAUUAUGGAGUUCAUAGCUUUCCUGCCCGAUAUUAG